GGAAUCUGAGAGGAAAACAGAGGAAACUCCUACUCUUCGGAAUAGUUUCCUAUUCAUCUAAAUACCAUAGUGUAGUAGUAAAUUCUGUCUAAGCUUAGAAGUACCUUUUAACCUGAAUCCGCAUGCUAUUGAUGUAUGUUUGGUGAGGCUUUUGGUAUUACUUUUUAUAAUAGUUCCUGGAACUGGAAUCCAGUGUUUCAUGCCUGUUAGGGAAACUCAACCACAGAGCUAAACUGUAAACCUUUUUAUUUACUUAUUUUUUUUCUAUUUUUGAGACAUGGUCUCACUUUGUAGCCUGUGGUGGUUGGAACCUUGCUAUGUAGAACUGGCUGGCCUGAAACUCAGAGAGACCCACUUGCCUCUGUCGCCUUAAUGCUAUGAUUAGAAAUCUUUGUCAUCAUGCCUGGUCUUGCCUGUCCUGUUGCUAUUAUUCUUGAUAUUGUACCCUUUUUUCAGGACAGGGUUUCUCUGUGUAGCCCUGACUGUCCUGGAACUCUCUAUAUAUAGACCAGGAUGGCCUCAAAUUCAGAGAUCUUCCUGCCUCUGCCUCCCAAGUGCUGGGAUUUAAGGCAUGUGCCACCACUGCCCAACCAAGAUUAUACUUUUAAAAAGUCAGUUUCUGGAGAUUCCACUAGUUUCUCUAUUAUGCUUUUUAUGUUUUUAAGUCAGUGGCACUAACCUAUGUUUAAUAAUUUAAGGGAAAAAUACUCUUCAGCAAAAUUUGAAAUCAAACAAUCUUUUAAAUAUAUGAUCAUGUAAAGCCUUUGAGAUUGCAUUUCAAACAAGUGAUUAAAUUAAUUUUCCUAUUAGUGUGUAGGAAUACUUUAAAUGUGAAUGUUUCAUAUUUCUGAAUUUUGCAAAUUUAGUCUCAUUUGGGGGUAGCUAGUUAAUUAUGUGCACCUCUAAAUAUAAAAGUAAGGAAAUCUAAGUGCUAAGACACAUACCUUAUUUAUGCUUAAUUAUGUUUCAGUAUGUCUUAAUAGUUAACGUAUCCUUGAAUAUAGAUUUUUCUAAACUAUCAAUAGUUUGUGAGCCUUGUGUAAGAGCAGUAUGAUCUUUUAGCAUCAAAGUAUUUACAAAUGCUGAAUAAAUAUUUGCUGAACCAUCCAACAGUCCUUUUUUGUAAAAAAAAAAAUACAUUGUCUACAAAGAAAUGCUAACAUUCUCUCACAACAAUGUGCCUUUGCCAAUGAGUGAAGUUUUUAUUUUAAUUACAAUCACAUGAAAUUUAAAACAAUAGUGCUUACUAAGAUUAUCUUCUUUCCUUCAAUACAGAAAAUAUCUUUCUGAACACUCUAUGUUCUAUUGUUAAGCAUAAAAUUCAGGAGAGCACAUUUUAUUUUGUUUUUGUCUAACAGUUUGAAAAUUCAAAGUUAUUUUGUCAAAUCCAAGUUAUAUUUUCUAAAUUUCACCUUUCUCAAGUAUCCAUAUUUUCUCCUCUAACAUUCUAUAAACAACAUUUAUUAACUACAAAGCCAUUUAUAUAUUCUUAGCCUUGUUUUGUAGGUUAUAGUUUAUGAAAAACAUUCUUUUUAAAUUUUUGUCAAAGGAAGGCAAAUUAUAGUAAGGUGGUGGGUGGAUAGUUUACUUUUAACCUUAAUCAUAGUGAACUAUAAUGUGAAAACGAAGCAUUUGCUCUGUGGGAUUCUGGAAUGCUUGUUCUGACCUUCAAACAGUGUCCUUUUUCUUGGGAGAGGGAUUGGCUUCUUUCACUCCGACCACACAGCUCUGGUUGGAACUUGAGUGCUUUUCAAUUACACAGCUUCCACAGGCCAAAGGUCCUCUACCCAAGGCAGACAGAUCAAAAUCCUUCCCCAGAAAGGAUCAUUUUUACUUUGUUGACUUCGACAUCCUCUUCAUGUUUGUAGAAGAGACAGUUGAACUCUGAGUCAGAACUGACUACUUACAAAACUAGUGAUCAUCGCCAUUCAGUUUUAUUGGUCAUCACACAUAGCACAUUUCUGAAGGAAAGCUCCUAGGACUGUACACCACACAGAGAGAAACAGUCAAACGAAACACACAUUUUAGUUUCCCUUCUUGAGUUAUAGACACAUUGCCAUUUGGAAGUUAGAAACUGGAUUUUUAAAAAUGAUGUUUUUAUUCUAAAACAGAAAAAAAUAAUAACUUUUAUAAUAGAAUGAAAACUCCUCCAACAGCAAGAUAUUUUGUAUUUCCUCCAUGGUGCUAUGGUCAGAAACUAAAUGAAUACCUGUACAGACAAACAAUUGUUAAAUGAAUGACAAUCCAGAGCUUUCUGUACUGAGUUUGUACCGUUAUGAGGAAGAUACAUAUUUCUGUCACACAGAUUAGCUGUCUCAAGGAUGCCAAAUGAGGCUUAGGGGCAAAGGAGCGAGAAAGGAGAGAAUCGAACACUUUGACCUAAACCCUGAGCAUUUUAGCCCUUACAGAGCACUUAGAAACAAAAAAUUAUCUGAAGUUGUAAAGCCGAACGCUUGGUGGCGCUGCAGGCUAAGAAAACGAAAACCUGCAGACUUCACGCCUGUAAAAGCGGAGCCAUUUCUUGCGGCUGAGAAAGGAAGCUUUUUAAAUUUCUGCCGAUAGAUCCUUUCAGAAAGGCAGAUACACCGUGUCUAAAAAGAAAAGAAGCUCAAAAUUAUUGAGCCAAGAUUCCUGAGCUGCUCACAAAGCAGUUCUUGUGUGAUUAACUGCUGCGUCUUUUGGACCUGAGGGACGAUGGAGACACCACUCCACAGGGCACUACAGAAAAGGCAAGUGACCGCCAUUGUCUUUCUGUUACUAUUGUGGGAGGCAGGCAGUGCGACCAUUAAGUAUUCAGUUCUAGAGGAAACAGACAGGGGCUCUUUGGUGGGCAACCUUGCAAAAGAUCUGGGAUUGGGCUUAAGGGAUCUGGUCAUCAGGGGCGCCCAGGUUCUUAACAAAGGUAACAAGCAGCUCUUGCAGCUGGAACAGAAGAGUGGAAAUUUGGUCCUGAAAGAAAAAUUGGAUCGGGAGGAGUUGUGCGGGAGCACAGACCCGUGCACCCUCCAUUUCCAGGUGUUACUAAAAAACCCAGUGCAAUUUAUUCAGGGGGAAAUACAGCUCCAAGAUGUAAAUGACCAUGCCCCAGAAUUCAUGGAAGAUGAAAUUCUCCUUAAAAUCCCUGAAAGCAGCCAUCCAGGGGCCAAGUUUCCACUGACAAUAGCUCAAGAUUUGGACGUCGGUAGCAACACAGUUCAGAACUAUACAGUCAGCAUGAACUCGAAUUUCCACCUUCUCACCCGCAUUCACAGCGACGGCAGGAAAUACCCAGAGCUGGUGCUGGACAGAGCGCUGGACCGGGAGGAGCAGGCAGAGGUGAAAUUAACACUCACAGCUCUGGACGGUGGGUCACCUCCCAAGACUGGGACUACACAGGUUCUCAUCGUGGUGCUGGACAUUAAUGACAAUGCCCCUGAAUUUGCCCAGGAGCGCUAUGAGGUGCAGGUUCAAGAGAACAGCCCUGUGGGGUCACUUGUCAUCACUGUAUCAGCAAGAGAUUUAGAUGCUGGGACCCACGGGGAGCUGUCCUACUCGCUUUUUCAGUGCUCAAAUGAAGUCCUUCGGGCUUUUGAAAUAAAUACAGAUACCGGAGAAAUUAGAAUAAGAAGACUAUUGGACUUUGAGGAAAUUCAAUCUUACCGCAUGGAAAUCCAGGCCUCUGAUGGCGGAGGUCUUUCAGGAAAAUGCACAGUAGUAAUAGACGUGACAGAUGUAAAUGACAAUGCCCCUGAACUCACCAUGUCAUUACUUAUCAGUGAUAUUCCAGAAAACUCUCCUGAAACUGUAGUCGCGAUCUUUGGAAUUUCAGAUCCAGACUCUGGAGACAACGGGAAAAUGGUUUGUUCCAUACAAGACCGUCUUCCCUUUCUCUUGAAACCUACUGAAGAAAAUUUCUACACUUUGGUAACGGAAGGCGCACUGGACAGAGAGAGCAGAGCUGAGUACAACAUCACCAUCACAGUCACCGACAUGGGCACACCCAGGCUCACAACACAGCACACCAUAACAGUGCAGGUGUCCGACAUCAACGACAAUGCCCCUGCCUUCACACAAACCUCCUACACCCUGUUUGUCCAGGAGAACAACAGCCCUGCCCUGCACAUAGGCACCAUUAGCGCCACAGACUCAGACUCAGGCUCCAAUGCUCACAUCACCUACUCGCUGCUGCCCACCCAAGACCCGCAGCUGGCCCUGGCCUCGCUCAUUUCCAUCAACGCCGAAAACGGGCAACUGUUCGCGCUCAGGGCGCUAGACUACGAGGUCCUGCAGACCUUCGAGUUCCACGUGGGCGCCACAGACCAAGGCUCUCCUGCGCUCAGCAGCCAGGCGCUGGUGCGAGUGCUGGUGCUGGACGCCAACGACAAUGCGCCCUUCGUGCUCUAC